UCUUCUGUCAAGGAAACUUGACAAAUAGCAAAAAAAAGAAGAAGAGUCCUGACAUAACCUUCAGCUUUGUUUACAUUUUUCGAAAUACUUUUAAAAUUCCUCUCAGAUUUUUCUCUUAAAUAUGAACUUCCUGAGCCUCCGACGGCUCGUGCCGCACAUACAACAAGCAAUGAUCCGAACAUGCAGCACAAAACCAGUUACAGAGACAGAAGACCUACCGGACUUUAAUAUGGAGAACCCGUUCGAAAAGGAGCACGUCAAGUGCAUCUUGUGCAAAUACAACGUAAAAGUCGACUAUAAAAACGUGCGGUUGCUAUCACAAUUUCAAUCGCCAUACACGGGGAGAAUCUACGGGAGGCACAUAACGAGACUUUGUAAACAGCAACAGAAAUUAGUCGAGACGGAAAUCGUUAAGGCCCAGAGUGCCGGACUGAUGGCCACUUAUUUGAAAGAACCAAUUUUUCUAGAAGAUCCUAAGUUGUUUGAUCCAGAGAAUCCUGUGAGGCCCCAUCGAUUUUAAUGUUUUGUUUGUUUGUGAACAUGUAGGUAAAAGUCAGUGGUUGUAAAUAAAUAUAAGUAUU